GAUGGCGCUGCUCUUGGACACUAGGCUUUUACUGAGGAAAGUUAAAGAUUUAAGAUGUUUAACGCCAAGACGAAACCGAGUGAAGGAAAAAUGGGCUGUCACACGCACCAAGCACCCGCCCACCAGUCUGGCUCUGCAGCACUUUGAUUCCACCUACAGCGUCCAGCUGUGCCAGCUGUGGCCAUCGGUCCGAGCCGCCUUGCUGUCAGAGAAGAAAUACGGAGCCCUGCUCAAUAACUUCUGCCAUGAUGCUGUUCUGGCAAACCUCGAAGCCCAGGGAUGCAGAGACUUCCUCAGUGACACAGAUACUGAAGCUCAGCCAAGCUCGGAGCAAGAAUCUGAGGUUGCGGCCGAUGAGGAAGCCAGUGGUGUUUCCAUACCUAAGAAGUCUGACAUUGAUGGUCAGCAGCUACCUCCCCUACACCUCAGUCCUCACAUCAAGUGCUUCGUGUUUCCAAGAGGGGAUAUCACAAGAUUCAAGCCCGCUAGACCAGACAUGUGUGGGUUGCUGGGUUACUAUCUGAUGGACGCAGCGUCUCUGCUGCCUUGUCUCGCACUGGAUGUCCAAGAAGGUCACAAUGUGCUUGACCUCUGUGCUGCUCCAGGAGGCAAGACCCUGGCUUUACUUCAGACCCAGGCUAUAGGUUUUUUGUGCCUAAAUGAUGCCUCCGUGUCUCGGACGUUGCGACUUAGAAAAGUCCUUAACAGCUACAUUCCUAAGCCGCUUUUAACCGAUGACAAACUACGCAUCACCUCCUUUGAUGGCACCAAGUGGGGGGAAAUCGAAAGGAACACUUUCGACAGGGUCCUUGUUGACGUCCCCUGCACCACAGACAGACAUUCACUGAUGGAGGACGACAACAAUAUAUUCAGUAAGAUCAGGACCGGUGAGAGACGAAAGCUCCCGCAGCUACAGCUGGAGCUACUGAUGGCGGGCAUCGAAGCAGCUUGUCCAAGUGGGGAGAUCCUUUACUCCACCUGUACUCUUUCUCAAACCCAGAACCAGAGCGUGGUGGAACAGGCAAUCUACUUGGCUCGAGAGAACCACGGCAUCCAACUUCAGGUUGUUGAUCUGCGACCCCUCACACACACGUGUAGGAAAACCUUUCACUUCGCUCCCGACCUCCACCUGGGUGAGAUGGUCAUCCCACACUUAGCCGCUAACUUUGGCCCCAUCUACAUGUGCAAGCUAAGGAGGCUCACAUAGACCGGCAACCGCUUUGCCUAAAAGCUUGUGGACAAAUGAGAUGAUCCUCUCGACUCGUCUUUCUGUAUAAACUGUGGCUGUUGGAGCACCGUUGAAGGAGAACUUUUCAUCAUGAUGGUGGACUGUUGAAGCACUGGACUACAGUUGGUUAAAUGUGACAGAAACACAGUUGAAGGACCAUGACAUCAUUAUUGUGUACAGCAUUGAACUGCAGUUUUUUUUGUGGAGACUUUUUCACUCAACCAACAGAAAAGCCAAAUUCAAUUUAGGAGAUUCUUGUUUUUUAGAGUCAGUUAAAACUCUGAUUUGACAACAGUUUGUUUUUUUGAGUGAACCAGCUUUGAAAUGUCUCUUUUUAAUUGUAGUUUUACUAUUUUACCUGUAGGUGGCAACAGUAGCUCAAGAUUAAAAGUAUCCUGUGCCCACUAGAGGACCCUACGGAUAUGUCUGUUAAGGUUAUAUGUUGACAGGAGAUCCAGAAUGCAUAUCCUUCGAGUUCACAUUACCCAAACACACAUUUCCAUUAGAAUUACCUGCUCUCUUUAAGCCUCAAAUGAAAAUGGGGUUGGCUUGUGCCGUGGUUAUUCAUCAGGUUUGAUGGCUUUACCUAAUAAUGCGAUAUGUGGGUAUAUGGAAGGAGGGCAUAAUGAACAGGCAGGGAAUGAUGUUUUUGACCAUUUGGUUUCUCACAUCUGAAUCUGUAUAACUUUCAUUAUUAAAUCUGGAUUGACUCUGUUUUGCAUUGGCAUCACUCAGAGUUUCCUCUUAUCACUGCCUAAUGUGAGCAGAGAGGUGCCUCUUUUUCCAUCACACCGCCGAUGACCCUUUAUGUUGUCCUGGCCAGGCAAUGUAGCGUGAAAAGUGUGUGUGUGUGUGUGUGUGUGUGUGUGUGUGUCUAAGUGUCUAACGAGUCCACCAUCCACACCCCACCGUCAUUAAGCUGCUCCAAGUGCAGGAGCCGACUCCCAUCCCUGUGCAGGGAUGGACGGCAGCCAUGCGGCUCCCAGAUGAACAUUAAAGAGGCAGCAGAGAGCUAAAAUGGGACAUCUCGCCCUGUUUUGCCCCUCCGCUUUUUUAUUCCACAGAUGAGUGCAGAUAAUUUUCGGUGCGAUUGUGAGUGAUUACUGUAUUACUGCGGUAAAAGGGGGAUGUAUCUGGGAAUGCAGAGGGAAUUAAUGACACAUAAAAACUCUUUUUGUGUUGACUGCUUUCGUCUCCAGGGCCUCGAAUGCCUCUUCGCACGUCUUGUGAUUACCUAAACGUAUUGUAAAUAUGUGUUUCCUAUGGGCUCUUACAUAAAUUUACAUGUUUUAACACUCCGGAGACGGCCGACUGUUAGAGAUGAGUUACCCUCUAUUCUGCCUGUCUAUAGACUCGACUGGCUGUCUGCUUCAUUAUUGAAUUAGCCAAUGAACCGCUGUGCAUUUGUGUCGCUGUGUGUAAGCCUGUGUUAGGGAGACAGAUGCUGUGUAUUAAAAAGACUACACAACCA